GGCGGCGGUGCCAAGAGCUCGGCCACGGUGAGCCGCAACCUCAACCGCUUCUCUACCUUCGUCAAGUCAGGCGGGGAGGCCUUCGUGCUGGGCGAGGCGUCGGGCUUCGUCAAGGACGGCGACAAGCUGUGCGUGGUUCUGGGUGGGCGCGGGCCCGAGUGGCAGGGGGACCCCUACCCCUUCCAGUGCUCCAUCGAGGACCCCACCAAGCAGACCAAGUUCAAGGGCAUGAAGAGCUACAUUGCCUACAAGCUGGUGCCCAGCCACACCGGGCAGCAGGUGCACCGGCGCUACAAGCACUUCGACUGGCUCUACGGGCGCCUGGCUGAGAAGUUCCCCGUCAUCUCGGUGCCCCACCUGCCCGAGAAGCAGGCCACUGGGCGCUUCGAGGAGGACUUCAUCUCCAAGCGCCGCAAGGGCCUGGCCUGGUGGAUGGACCACAUGUGCAGCCACCCGGUGCUGGCCCAGUGCGACGCCUUCCAGCACUUCCUCACCUGCCCCAGCACCGACGAGAAGGCCUGGAAGCAGGGCAAGCGCAAGGCCGAGAGGGAUGAAAUGGUGGGGGCCAACUUCUUCCUCGCUAUCAGCGUCCCCACGGGCCCCGGCACCACUCUGGACCUGCAGGAGGUGGAGAGCCAGGUAGACGGCUUCAAAGCCUUCACCAAAAAAAUGGACGAGAGCACCCUGCAGCUCAACCACACUGCCAACGAGUUCGCCCGCAAGCAGGUCACCGGCUUCAAGAAGGAGUACCAGAAGGUAGGGCACUCCUUCAAGUGCCUCAGCCUGGCCUUCGAGCUGGACCAGCAGGCCUUUUCGGCCGGCCUCAACCAAGCCAUCGCCUUCACAGCGGACGCCUAUGACACCAUCGGUGAGCUUUUCGCAGAGCAGCCCCGACAGGACCUUGACCCUGUGAUGGAUUUGUUAGCACUGUAUCAGGGACAUCUGGCUAACUUCCCAGAUAUCAUCCAUGUCCAGAAAGGAGCCCUUACCAAAGUAAAGGAAAGUAAGCGGCAUGUUGAAGAAGGGAAGAUGGAGGUCCAGAAGGCUGAGGGUAUUCAAGAACGUUGUAACAUUAUUUCUUUUGCAACUCUUGCAGAAAUUAAUCAUUUCCACAAAAUUCGAGUACGGGACUUUAAAUCACAGAUGCAACAUUUCUUACAACAGCAAAUACUUUUUUUCCAAAAAGUGACACAAAAAUUAGAAGAAGCGCUUCAUAAGUAUGACAAUGUUUAAUUGCUGAACUUUGAAUAGUGAACUUUCUUUGGUAUGAAUAUGAUUGAAGCAGCAGAGUAAAUAUCACUGCUGUUGAAGAACUAUUGCCAGCUCUUGGUGGUGGUACAAGGAUGGUUUUGUGUUCACCUGGAAUCCCAGCUGAAUCUCUAAUUAUGUAGGAAGGAAACAGUUAAUAUGGCUAUGUAGUAGAAACAGUACCACACAUUGUAACUAAGUAUACUGUGUAUGCAUACACUACCAUUGUAACUUUUCUGAAAUAAUGAUUAUACUAUUUGCCUUAUUGCUUUUUGAAGUAUGGUAUUUUAGUGCAUACUUUGUAGACCUCAAAACCCUUUGGGUCUUUAAGGAAGCUGGCUAGAUAAAAGCCUGCUUCAGAUGCCUUUUGACUCUCCUCCAUUUGGAUUUCCUAAAUUCAAACAAUUCUCUGUUUACAGCCUCCUACUAGAGCAGCUAUGCGACUUUGUGCCUUUAGACUCUAGGUUUUUUUCCUUUUCUAGCAAGCCACAUUUUUAUGAUUGAUUGAAUGAACGAAGGGUUAGUGUCUAUGACAGAAACUGAUUAUGAAACCUCAUACUGACUGAAAAAAAUGAGUUGCCAUCCAAUUUGCACAGCAACUAUUGUCUUAUGAAAAAUAUUGGCUAAAAAAGGAGGAUUCAAAAUCAUGUAAUGUUUUCCAAGACCUUAAAAUGAAAAUUUUAUUACAUGUACCAGAAUCUUAAACACACAUGCAAAAAUACAGUACCAGUGAAUUCCCUUUCUGGAUAGGAUAACACAGUGAAUGGUUUAUUCUAUAAUACAUUAUUAUGAAUGGAGAAUUGGAAAACUGUCCUAAUAAAAGCAGAGCAUUGAAAUAUAUUGAGGGGAUGCAAAUACAGGCUCGCUAGCAUUUGUUUGUGCAUUAUUUCAGUUGGAGAAGAUUUGCUCAUUGUUUAGCUGUUGGUUCAGUGUGAAUGCAAACACGGACCUGCAUUGUCAGUUGAUUGAAUUGAGACUCCACUGUGAUUCACUUGUUUACUAAGUCACAAAUUUUCAGGGAUGUUCCAUGGUAUAAAUGGUUCAAAAUCAGUCUUGACUGAACCGACUAGAAAAUAAGUAUUUGUUAUAUUUAUAACACACAAGUAGAAAUUAACAGUUGUCUUUUUUUUAAUACAAGGAUUUUUGACAAGUCAAGUAGGUGUAUAUAGACCAAAAGACUGUCUUUAAAACAAAAAACAAAAAAAAAAAAGGAAAGAAUAAACGAUUCUCUGCUCUAAACCAAGGGAAAUAAGUCUAAACUCUAUCCUUUUAGCCUAUAAGUUUACUGUUCUGUAUGCUUCUUAUGAAAAAGGGUUUUACUUAUCCUCCAAAAAGCCCUCCUGGUAAAAAGAAUAUUUAACAUAACAAAGAGCUACCUUAAACAAAAGCUAGGAAACUGGAAAUUAAAAGGGUAUAGUAGAGUGAGAACUAUUACCCAUUUUGUUUACAAAUUCAUCAUUGGAUUUAUUGGAUCAUGGCAACUUCUGUAGGUUAAAGAAGCUCUACCACUUCAUUUGGGAAGAAUAAGCAAACAAGGAUUCACUUGCAUGGUGGUUAACCAAAGCUAUUGCAAGAGCUUGCUGAUAGCAGUGCUACUGAUAUACAGGCAAUGAAGUGAAACACAAAAUUACCAAAAGAGAAAAAAAUCAGUGUUUCCUAAAAGAAAAAGGACAAUCAAUAAGAAAAGAAACUGUUCACAAACAAACAAACAAAAAAGAAUAUUGAAACUAAUGUAGAGGAAAUUAAGUACAUGGCAGUUAUAAUGCUGAUUUACCAUUCUUAACCUUCAAUGUGUCUUACUAUAGGUCUUUGAACCAUAGCUGAUCUUGCUUCCCAUAUACAGUUUAAGUACUUAUAGCAGUGGUGGUAAUUAGGUUUGAAAUCUCAGCCUUUUCUCCAUAUUUCUUGGCUUAUAUUUGGCUAAACCAGCCACAGUUUUAAUUGAUUUCUUUAUCCUAAUUAUAACAGACAGCAAUCAAAUUAAUUCUACUUGGGACAGUUAAGACCUCUUCAGAAUAUUUUCUUGAUCCAGUUAAAGCAUUUUUAGGAGGUUAAUUUUAUUGAAAUGUUCAUAUGCAAGGGAAAAAAAAAUAAGCUGUGAUAUGUAUACCAUAAAGCAUUAUCAGAAAGGUACAGUUUUCUAAAAUAAACUGUCAUGGCCUUCA